CAGGGGCUCCUGCCUUGCCCGCCCCAGGGCAAUCUGCAGUAAAUCAAUCUGCAACAUCAAAUACAAAUCAAUCCGCAAUAACCGUGCCCUGCCCUUGGGGAGUGUUGUAUCUGUCACCUGAAAUAUGUUAAUUUCCUGCUAUGAUCUUGUUUGCAGAAAAAGUGCAAGGCAAUGAGGUGGUGAGAGAAGUAAUGACAGAAGUGCCUCCAGAAUUUGGAAGUUUAAUGCUGCUUGCCCAAAACACAUCAGCAGAAUUCGGGGCAGAGCCCAGAUGAAAAGAUUUUAGCUACCAGAGGGGAAAUCUUUUUAGCUCUGUAGCUCUCUCCAGAUUUCAUUCUGACACAGCCAACCCUGGUGCACUGAUUGAUGCUCACUGGGAAACCAGCAAAGCUUAGUUUCGCAUCUCUCUAAUUCCUUGUAAUAUCUCAAUUCAGCACCUUAAGAGCCACAAAACUAAUUAAGUUUAGAGGUUCAUAUAAGAAUGUAAAGUUUGUAGUGAAUCUAGUUUUUGUUCUGUUUCCAAAUGGGCAGUCUGGCUGCCAGUGCCAGCUGCAGAGUCAUUGUCAGAGUAAUUUCACUGAGUAUUUAGAAUAACCAGUAUGUUUAAUUUAAAAACUUAAUGUUCCAUUACUCAGCAUCUCUCUGGCUGUUAGACCUGACCUUUGUGGCACCCCCGGAGAGCAGGAGUUGUCAUAACCUAUGAAAAGAUUGAAGUUAUUGUUCAGGGCACUAAGACUGGGAUUUGGGGCAUUUCCUCGUGCUCUUCGCAGUUGCAGGUCUGAGCCCUGUCCUCCUGGUCAUGCUUCCUGCUGCCCUGGCUUAUCUCUCAUUUCUGGACUAGACUGUGUUAUACAGCCCUGGAAUCAAAUAUCCAAAUAUGUCAUAAUACACGGUAAUGUUUCUGGGGGGUUUUAGAACUUCACAUUCUUCAUUUCACACAAGUGUUUCCUGCAGAAGUAAAACAUGCAACUUGUUACACAAAACAGAAGCACCAGUUUAUUUCUGGCCCAAGAUAAGAGAACAAACAAACCUGUAAAAGCUUUAUCUGAACCAAACCAUCUGAUUUGCAUUGGCAAGACUGAUUGCUCAUACUUCCCUCUGGGUUUCUGAGCAGAGCUGGAUAAAGGGCAGACUGGGGCUGAAUGCUGUGUGUGAUUCUUAUCUCACAGCUCACAGCAUAGCUCCCCCAAACUGAAUCCUGGUGUGCAAAACAACUUUCUUUGAAAGGAAGGCCCUGGGUAGGUUGAAUAUCUGAAUUGCAAAUGAAGGGGGCUAUAGUUAUUUCCACUUUUUUACAUUCCUGCAUGUCCACUAGAGUGGUGUGGACUCUGUUCUAAUGGAAAUUUGUGUUUCUUUGCCGAAGGUUGGGUGGUACAAUGCUGUUCUCCAGCCAGCUUUCCACCUCCCCUACCCGGAUGACACACUGGCCUUUGUGGUCCUCAGCACACCUUCGAUGUUUGACAAAGCCCUUAAGCCUUUUGUGAACAAAGAACGACUAAAAAUAAUCAGGGAUCCUGUGGAUCAGUGUGUUUCCCACCAUUUAUCACGUGUGAAGGAGAAAUUCCCUGACCAGAGGGUGGAUAUCAUGUUUGAUUAUGAGAUGCUGCCGAGCCGAAAGCCCAAGUUCCUGGCUCAGACAGCUGCCCAUGUUGCUGGAGCUGCAUAUUACUACCAAAGGAAGGAUGUGAAGCUUGAUCCCUGGGGGAAAAAGAAGAUCUUUGGCGUUUGUAUCCAUCCCAAGUAUGGAGGCUGGUUUGCUAUCCGGGGUCUCCUGCUCUUCCCAGACAUUCAGGUGCCGUUCCUGGAACAGCCUGCCCCUGUUGACUGUGUGAGCACGGAGGAGAAAAGGAUUGAGCUGCUGGAGCAGUUCAAUUUCCACUGGCAGGACGGCCGCUACAGAGACAUCAUCGAAGUGAAGGAAAGGUACUCGGAAGAGCAAAAAGCCUAUUUUGCCACUCCUCCAGCCGAGAGAUUCCGGCUGCUGGGGCUCUCACAGGAAGCGCAGAGAAUCACAUUUCACUGAGAAACCGGCUCCGAGGAGGGCAGAGGGCAGCAAAGGGUAACUCAUGAACGCCGGCUUUUCCCGGUGCCCAGGAGGAGGAGGAGCAGGAGGAUGGUUAUGGUGAUACAGAGAUGGCAAAUCCGAGCAGCCUCAAGGCAGACAUCGGCUUCCCAGAGAGGGGCAGAGCUCCGUGGUCUGGGGAAGGUGGGAGCCGUCUGUUCUGUGCUGCUGCUGCUGCUCUGGGGUGUCCUUUGGGGAGCCCAGUAAGGUCCCAGUUAGCCUUUGCUUGGGAGUAGUUUAGACAUCCUGGCAACAUUAAAAUCCUUGCUGCUCAUUAGAGAAAUCGCUCUUGUUCUCAAUUACUUUCUUUCUGAAUAUUCUGUUUUUAUUCUUUGUGAGUGUAAAAAACAAAAAUAAUUCUAUCAUUGUACUGCUUAGUUUGAUUUUGUCUAAACUUGGGGUAGGUACUUCCUUAGAUGUAUCCAGUGUUUUAUUAUCCUGUGUCAUGAUUCUCCCUUGGGAGCAGAUGUCCAGUCUUUUCAGUCUUGCCUAGGUCACAUUUAAGCAUUUAUCCAUUUAUAGAGCAUCUGCCUGGAGUAUUUGGAAAGUUGCUGGGUUAUGUCCAUAUGAGUGGAGGUUUUACUCAUGUUAAGAUAACUGACUGAAAAAGACAAUUUCCAUGGCUUUUUCUAAGGUAAACCACAUUUGUGUUAAAAGUAUUUUUCAAUGCCAGCACACAGCACACCCCCCUCACAGUUACUGCCACAGUUUCCUGGUGUGCUUUCUGUGUGGGGAAGAUUGUAAACCUGCACACACGUAAAAGCCAUGGCACAAAGCCUUGUCACGUGCACAGGCAAACAAGCACAGAAGAAGGGAAAAUAUUAAUGACAUUCAUGUUAUUUGUAUUGCUGGAUAAAACAUGUUCAGACAGAACCAUAACAUUUUUCACAUUACUUUGUCCUCUUAUAUUUGUUCAGAGGCUACAGUGCACCUGGAAAUAAUGAAUUAAUUUAUCUUUGAGCAAUUUGAGGCUCAUAUUUCAUUAAAAUAAUAUUUUGUAGGAGUUGUUUUACUGGACUGCAGUGCAAUGCUGCAAAUGGACAGGUACUUUUUUCUUUUUGAUGGUAUCAACACGAUGAUGAAGAAGAAAUACUCACUUUGCAGAACUGAGCCCUUUCUUUUUAUGUUGCGAUUCUUCAAACCUUUUGGAGACUCCACCACAGAGAUUGCCCUCACCAUUGUUCACUGCUUGAUACACUUGCUCAUAGUCUGUACACUAACUAAUUGUAAUCCAAAUUCAGGAUAGCAAGUUUGCUUCCCUUUAAGCAGAGAAGUGUGUGAUCACUGGGUUUGUUCACUGCAUUUGCUGUUACAAAGAAAUCUUUGUUGCUUUCCAUGCUUUGUUCAUCUCUGACUAAGGCAGACACCUGACUUAGAAUGUGAUAGAGGUAUUGUGAUGUUUAAUUUAAGCUGAAGAAUGAAACUUGUUUAAAAUCUGUUCUGUUUUUUAUAGAAUUACUUCUGGUUCAAAUUUGUUUGAUGAUCAGAACUUUCCAACUGAACUGUAAUUUAACAGGGGCUUGAGCUAAUGGCUCAUAUUAGUAACAAAGACAAAAUACUGAUUCUCUUAGAAGGGUAAAUAUAGAUCUGAACCAAAUGUAUUACAAUUUAAAGUGAAAUAUUUUUAUUUUUUGGUAUUGAUUUCUUACAAAUAUUUAAUAUUUUGUCUUAAUUUAUUAAACAGAUUGCCAUGGCCAUUGCAUUUCAAUUUCUGUAAUUUAUUUCUCUUCAAAUGGUAUUUUGAUUAAUAA